CUGACUGUGACUUUUCUGAUCUUCUAAUCUCAUUGUUGCUCCUGAACUCCAAAAAAAAUACUGAAAACAGAAUCUGACAGAAAGAGACAACAGUAUUCUCAGGUUGUAUCCAGCAUCUGCUCUUUUGACUGAAUCAAGAUGCUGCUGAUCAUUGAAGCUCUUCUUCUCAUUUUAGCUGCUCUAGGACAGGAUCAUAGAGAAACUGCUGCCGCAAGAGAGAUUUAUACAUUGGAUAUGGCACGGAAUUCUGUUGAUGACCAAUAUUUCGGCUGCACAGCGAAAAUGGCAUACUUGGUGAAAACAAAAUUUCUGCAGAUGGAAAUCAAUAAAUGUACAGAAUUUAAAAACACUUGGCUUGAUGGUGAAUAUAAAGCCAAGAAUCCAGAGGAUAAUUUGAAACUGUUUCAUUCAGUUGCCAUUUUUGUGUACACUAGCAAUAAUUCUGUUGUAUAUCGAAAUUUCAACAACGCUGUCCGUAGUGAGAAACAAAAGUACAAAGCUGGUACAUUCUCAUGGUAUUCACUUUACUUUUUGUUAACAGAUGCAACAAAGAUUCUGAAGAAAACACAACCUAAAUGCUAUUUAACAUAUCGUGGUACAAGAGUUGAACUUGCUAAGAAUGUUGUGAACAAACAGAUUCGUUUCGGCUCAUUUACAUCUUCCUCUUUUGAUAAAGCAGUAGCAAGUGGUUUCAGACCUAGAUCUUGUUUUGAAAUUAUAACUUGUAAAGGUGUUUCUGUGAUAAAAUACUCUAAAUAUCCUGAACAGAAAGAGGUAUUGAUUCCUCCGAAUGAGAAGUUUAAAGUCACUGCUGUCAAGACGAAAGGGCAGAAAGGAGCCUGGUGUGACACUGUGUUCACUCUGAAAAGCACUGGAACAGUAAGUUACCUGAACUGUGGUGCUGGUGUAAAACUAGUUAAAGACAGGGCCAAACUUUAAAUCUUUGUUCAUCAUGUUUCUUCAAACAGAAAAUAUUUUAUAAUAUAGGAUUAUGCGAUUAAUUAUGGAAAAAAAGAAAAGAAAAACCUUCUCAAGCUUUUAAAGAAAUCAGCAAUGAUGCUUUGAACUGUGAUACAAGUCAGCAAUCUUCUAGUGUUUCUGCUUUGUCUUGUUUUGAUCAAGUUUAACAUGUAAAUUUAACAUGUAACUCUGUAAGCUGUGUAUGGGGAAUCUGAGUAGACAAAAAACUGUAUUCUAUUUACAUGAAGUAAUUAUAUAAAAACAUUCCCUAAAACACACUCUAUUCUCUAUGUAAUUCUUGUAAUAAAAUCAUAAAACUUUAUUUUCAUAAGGAUCCUAAACAAUGAAAUAAGUUG